CAAUUUCGGCUGUGCGAAGAGUAGCACGUUUCUCUCUUUCCCCUCCUUUCUCCUUCCCUCCAGCCUCCAGUGUCUGUCUCCAGGAUUUCACUCUUCCUAUUUCAGAAGGACUCUCACGGGCUCCCUCAGCCUGUGUGAAGCUGAGGUUUCCCCUGGAUCUCGUCUAUCCCCAACACAUACCUCCACGCACACACAUCCCCAAGAAGCCCGCGCCACCCCGACACACACGCGCGCACACACCCGCGCGCCAGCCUGUCCCUCUCCCUCCGGGGAGAGCCGGCGCGCGUCGCCACCUCCUCUGCACCCUCCCGCGGGCUGCCCGGCUCGCCGCGCUCUAGGAUUCUGCGGCUCGGAACUCGGAUCGCAGCGCUGCACCCCCAUGGUGUUUUUUAAAAACAUUUCUUAGCCUCCUCUCUCCUUUUCUGCAGCACCGCUUUCGAAUCUGGGGGGCUAGAGAGGCGCAGGGCGGCCGCUUCCCCAGCCAGCCCUGGUUGGCUUGCCAUCCUCCAUCUGGCUUAUAAAAGUUUGCUGAGCGCAGUCCAGAGGGCUGCGCUGCUCGUCCCCUCGGCUGGCGGAAGGGGGUGACGCUGGGCAGCGGCGAGGAGCGCGCCGCAGGCUCUGGCGGGCUUUCGGCUGGAGGGGCCAGGUGAAGAGCGCACGGGCCCGGGGCUUGGCUCGCUGGAUUUGCAUGCUGCACCAUGCCUUCUUGGAUCGGGGCUGUGAUUCUCCCCCUCUCCGGGCUGCUGCUGUCUCUCCCGGCCGGGGCGGAGGUGAAGGCUCGGAGCUGCGGCGAGGUCCGCCAGGCGUACGGUGCCAAGGGAUUCAGCCUGGCGGACAUUCCCUACCAGGAGAUCGCAGGGGAGCAUUUAAGGAUCUGUCCUCAAGAAUAUACGUGCUGUACCACGGAGAUGGAAGACAAGCUAAGCCAGCAAAGCAAACUGGAGUUUGAAAACCUUGUGGAGGAGACGAGCCAUUUUGUACGUACCACUUUCGUGUCCAGGCACAAGAAAUUUGAUGAAUUCUUCCGAGAGCUCUUGGAGAACGCGGAAAAGUCACUCAACGACAUGUUCGUGCGUACCUACGGGAUGCUGUAUAUGCAGAAUUCAGAAGUGUUCCAGGACCUCUUCACAGAGCUGAAAAGGUACUACACUGGGGGCAACGUGAACCUGGAGGAGAUGCUCAAUGACUUCUGGGCUCGGCUCCUCGAGCGAAUGUUCCAGCUCAUCAACCCGCAGUACCACUUCAGCGAGGACUACCUGGAGUGCGUGAGCAAGUACACCGACCAGCUGAAGCCCUUCGGAGACGUGCCCCGGAAACUGAAGAUCCAGGUCACCCGCGCCUUCAUCGCUGCCCGGACAUUUGUCCAGGGGCUGACUGUGGGCAGAGAAGUUGCCAACCGGGUUUCCAAGGUCAGCCCAACGCCAGGCUGUAUCCGGGCCCUCAUGAAGAUGCUGUACUGUCCAUAUUGUCGGGGCCUACCUGCCGUCAGGCCUUGCAGCAACUACUGCCUCAACGUCAUGAAGGGCUGCUUGGCAAAUCAGGCCGAUCUGGACACAGAGUGGAAUCUGUUUAUAGAUGCAAUGCUCUUGGUGGCCGAGCGACUGGAAGGACCUUUCAACAUCGAGUCGGUCAUGGAUCCCAUAGACGUCAAGAUCUCUGAGGCCAUCAUGAACAUGCAAGAGAACAGCAUGCAGGUGUCGGCAAAGGUCUUCCAGGGAUGUGGCCAACCGAAACCAGCUCCAGCACUCAGAUCUGCCCGCUCAGCUCCUGAAAAUUUCAAUACACGUUUCAGGCCCUAUAAUCCCGAGGAAAGACCCACAACUGCUGCAGGAACGAGUUUGGACCGGCUGAGGAUUGUGUGGAGGACAAUGCAACAUAGUGUCACAGAUAUCAAAGAAAAACUGAAGCUCUCUAAAAAGGUCUGGUCGGCGUUACCCUACACGAUCUGCAAGGACGAGAGUGUGACAGCGGGCACAUCCAACCAAGAGGACUGCUGGAACGGGCACAGCAAAGCCAGAUACCUGCCUGAGAUCAUGAAUGAUGGACUCACCAACCAGAUCAACAACCCCGAGGUGGACGUGGACAUCACGCGGCCCGACACUUUCAUCAGGCAGCAGAUCAUGGCUCUCCGUGUGAUGACCAACAAGCUGAAGAAUGCAUACAAUGGCAAUGAUGUCAACUUCCAGGACACAAGUGAUGAAUCCAGCGGAUCGGGGAGUGGCAGUGGAUGCAUGGAUGACGUGUGUCCCACGGAGUUUGAGUUUGUCACCACAGAGGCCCCGGCAGUGGAUCCCGACCGGAGAGAAGUAGAGUCCUCGGCAGCCCGGCUCGGCCACUCUCUGCUCUGGUGGUCUGUCGUGUGCGUGGUCCUGGCACUGCAGAGACUGGGCAGAUAAUCCUGGGUUUUUGGGCAGAUGAAACUGCAUUUUAGCUAUUUGAACGGCCAACUCACUUCUUUUCUUACUCUCUUGGCCAAUGGACCAUGCCACAAAAACUGACUGUUUUCUAGAAGAAGAGGGCAGUACUGUGUCCAUUUUUGUUUUCCCAAAGAGUACCCGUGCCAGACUGCCUGCUUCCUCUUUCCUUCAGUUAUCUGUGGGGACCUUGUUUAUUCUAGAGAAUUCUUACUCAAAUCUUUCGUACCAGGAGAUUUUCUUACCUUCAUUUGCUUUUAUGCUGCAGAAGUAAAGGAAUCUCACGUUGUGAGUUUUUCUUUUCCCCAUUAACAAAAAAGUAGAAGAAAAUAAUUUCCCCUCGUAAAAUCAGGCCAAAUCCCAAGACAACUGCAUUUUCAACAAAGAAGCAAGAGAGAGAAAUAAAAGAGCUUUACCACUGAGAGUUGAGCAUUGCCAGCAACUCCCAGUUGAAGCUUUCCUUUGAUAAAUGGGGUUUAAAAGGCUCAUGGGGAGAAAGUUUGAAAGUUUCGAAAUGCAGUGAAAAUACACGGCGCGGUAACCGCACAGACAAAACUAACGUGGAGGUCCUGACGCUAAAUUUAGCACUCCAUUUCUAAUAGGAGAGCGAAAGUUGCUACCCUCAGCGCCUCCCUGUCACCCCGCCCAAUUGCACUUCAGCAGCGGCACCAUCGCCUUGAUUCGCUCAUGUCUGCCCACUGUCUCCUCAAGAGCCUGAAUUGAAAUACUCUCCAACAAGACAACCCCUUGCUUUUGCCACAGGUUUGACUUUAAUUAGAUGUUUCUGCCCCUGUGCUCACUCCCCUUCCCAAAUCCGAGUUCCUUUCAUGACGGAGAAACAAUUCGAUCCAUAAAUGAGUUUUCCGUUCUUUAACGAUUUGUUUUGUGUCAAUUGGUGUUGACAUCACUCGGGCAUUCUCUCCCCCAAUAACUCACAACAAAAAAGAAGUCAAGACAAAAAAAAUAUAUAUAUAUAGUAUUGACAUGGAGAUUUCUUUCACUUUUUUAGUCUUAGUAUGAUCAUCUAUUUUUAUAUCGAUAUAUAUAUAAAUCACAGAUUUUAACUUCUUAAUUCCAAGCUCAGGGUUGACACACCUUUGUAACGAAAAUGUUUUGUCAACCAGCUCUUCUUGUUCUGUGCUGCUCAGACCUGUGAGCACCGAGAAGCAAGAAAGAGAACUUUUUACGUAUCUAACUGUCCAUUUAUUAAAGUUUGCCAGGGCACACCCUUUUCACAUGGACAUGCUUUGUCCUGAGUGCUCCAGAUAUACUGAGCUCAUACGGUGAGCGGUGGGGCAUGUAGGACCUUACUGGGAAUGGAAAACGUAGAUGGAAAGAACACGCUAACCGUACAGAACCAUCACUCUUGUGCACGAUGCCUCCAGCUGAGGAUUCCUGCCCAGCAGGUCAAUGACCUAACUCAAGAGGCCAAUUCAGAGCCGCAGCCUAACUGACCCACCCAGUGUGCCAAAGUCAGAUGCUAGGCUUCCCUUGACGGGAGACACUACAUAAACCAAACUGGGCUCUAUCAAUACCGUCAGCUGUCCAUGUGUUUCUUGGUUUUGAUGAUGCCUCUGGGGUUGGGAAAGGUGAUGUCUCAAGACACCGUAGUCUGCCAGUCACAUUUUAAUUCACCCGCUGACGGUAAUGACACGUAAAUGGUAUUUUUCGAUCUCCACUCAUCAAAAUUAUAAUUAGUUAUUGAUUUAGUCAUCAUAUUUAAGUAGGACAUGUGGGGCACAAUAGUAUUAAGCAUAUUUGAGCACUUUUGCAAAAUGGAAAGUAUUUAGAAGCAUCUAUUGCUAUUUUAUGCCUAAUGAAAUACAAAAUGUAAGAUCCUGAGAGAUUUUGUGGCAUCCUUUCAUGUAAAUCUAUAUGAAAUUGACACUUAAUCUAAUUCGGCGUCGCAUACAUCCAUAAAUCCAUCCAUUUCACUGCCAAACGUUGGCUUCCCGUCACCCAUCACACAUAAAACAUCUCGAUGAAGAAGGGUCAAUCAUAUAUGUUGCUCAUUCACUUAUGUUAUGUUCAGAAAUCAGUAUUGUCUUUCUCCAGUAAUUAAGGUGCAAUACAAAUUAAAUCAACCUUGAUUUUUCCAGAAUAUUUGAGUAAUAAUUUGUUAUGGCUUUAAACUCCAAGUCUUUGGAUUUUUUUUUAAUAUCUCUGCAUUGUCUUCUGUGAAAACAGAAUGCCUUCUUUUGCCUAUAUGCUCGCUCCCAAAAGUUUUGUGCAUGUGUAUAAAUGCACAUUAUCUUAAUGAAUGUGAACCCAGGUUCUGUACACGCCACACACAAAGAUGAUGUAUAAACUCAUCAUCCUGCAUCAUUGGUUUCAGCACCUUCAUUUUCAAUAUUAUUCUUAGUGGUGAUCUGUAGCGAUCCUUACAAGCCAGGCAGCGAUGAUGCCGCAAUAUGAAUCAUUGCAUGAAUGUGGUCAAGAGUUUAAAAGUGUACUUCCUGGCCUUUCUCAUCAUCCCACUAUGUCAUCUGAUUUUCACACCAAUUUAACAUGAGUGUGUGUGUGUGUGUGUGUGUGUUUUCUGCCCUAAGGAAAUUAAUUUAAUCAAGUUGCCCCAUUUUAGUGUUUUGGAAUCUCUCCCUAUCCCUACCCGCAUCCUGCCAAAUCAAUUUCUCUGGUUCCCCCACAGUGAUGGGGUUGCAAUGAGGCCCCAUUAUUUUUACUGACCUGCCCUCAUGUGUUUUGAUUUCUCCUAAACUUUGUAAUCACAUCUUAACCUCUGUUAUGAGUAGCGAGGGAUGGGCUCACUGAAAUUGGAUGCUAGCAAUUGUUGGGUGAGGCUCAUAACUGCAAACACUUAGCUUAUUGAAGUGCCUCUAUUUACAUGUUCUUUAGUUAUAAUAUGUAUUUUUCUAACAGAAAUACACGUCUGUAAUUGGUGUAUAUUAUUCUUUGUAUAUGUUAUAACAAAAGUGAAACAGAGGCUAAAGUCUUUAGCAGAGAGAAUGAAUUGCAAAUUCAGGAAUUAGAGCUCUGCUUUUGGGUCUGUAUUGAAGAAGAAUAUGACAACCUUCUACCAUUGCAAUGAAGGUCAAGUCGGUACGAUGAUUAUAGCCAUGUAGCUCAACCUUAGCACUAGCCAUCUGACUCCCUUACAGUGAUUCACCCAGAUAAGUAAUGUGUGUUACUGACUUGCAAUGUAAGGGAUGGAAAAUACUAUUUUGUCUAUAUUGGAAACACUAUUAUUCAUUGACAAGGAGUAGUAAUUAUACCAGUAACAUUCUAUAAAUCAAACAGAUUGAAAAUAUUACUGGAUGCAGAACCCUGAUAUUUAAUUUAUAUUCCCUGCUGCAGACAUUAGCCUACUUUAAUUCUUUAGCCAUUACAUACCUGUUUUGGCUACACACUGAACACCAACUAAAAUCACCAGGGAGGAAUAAAAACAUAGCAAAUUCCUUGAGUUAUGAUUCCUUUAGGACUUCUCUUUGCAAGGCUAAUUAUCAGGUGGUUUGAAUAAAGGUGGAAGUGUUAGCAAACGCAACGCAAGUGUUGACUUGUCCAAAACUUGCAGAAAUUCAAACUCAUUUUCAUUUACUUACUGUCACUAACACACCUGACUUUUAACUUAAAAAAAAAAAAAAGCAGUUUAGCUUUGCCAACAGAAGAGUAAAGGAGACCAUAACCUAUACAUUUGCAAUGUGUUCCUCCUUGGUAGAGACAUUAGCCAGUGUUUAGUUUUAGGCCAAGUUAUACAAAUAGAGUGUCGAUUUGUAUGCAUUCUGGAGCCUUGCUAUUUCACGGUUUGCUACAGUGUGGUCUCAGCUUAGCAUGAGGACAUUUGAGCCUCAUUCAAAGUUGAAUAGUUGCCGGAAUCUUUGGCAUUGCUUUGUAAAGCGGUACUUCCUUGAAGAGAUUCCUGAAGAUGGGAUAAUAGUGAGGUUUCUGUGAGCAUAUACAUACUAUAUAUGCAGGACAAAUGUGUGCACCAAUCAAACCUAAAAUUUUAUGUGACUGUCAAAAGAAUAUUAUUUGGGUUAAGAUUUUUCAUUUCUGAUUUGGAUAGAAA